GCAAGGAAUUGUCUAAAGAGAGUCACAUCAGGAUUCACAUGAGAGUCCACACAAAGGAGAAGCCAUACAACUUUGAUAUUUGCAAUAAGACAUUCCCAUCCAAAAGUGAUCUUGAAAGGCACGAGAGCUGCGAGAUUUGCAACAAUGCAUUCUCAUGUAAAAAGAAUCUGUUGAGGUACAUGAGGACACAUACAAAGGAGAAGCCAUACAGCUAUGAGAUUUGCAAUAAGGCCUUCUCUGAGAUAGGUAGCUUAGUAGCGCACAUUAGAGUGCACACCAAGGAGAAACCAUACUGCUGUGAGAUUUGCAACAAGGCCUUCUCAUAUAAAGGUAGUCUAGAGAUUCAUAUGAGAAGGCAUAGAAAGGAGAAGACAUACAGCUGUGAAAUUUGCAAUAAGGCCUUCUAUUUGAAAAGCCAUGUAGUAACCCACAUGAGAGUACACACAAAAGAGAAGCCAUACAGCUGUGAGAUUUGCAAUAAGGCCUCAUACAGAGGUGGUCAAGUAAGCCACAUGAGACUUCAUACACAGGAGAAACCAUAUAGCUGUGAGAUUUGCAAUAAACACUUCUCAAAUAUAUCUAACCAAAAACAACAUAUGAGAGUACAUACGAAGGAGAAACCAUACAGCUGUGAGUUUUGCAAUAAGGGUUUCUCACAGAAAUCUAAUUUAGUGAGACAUAUAAGAGUACAUACAAAAGAGAAGCCAUACUGCUGUGAGAUUUGUAAUAAGGCCUUUGCUUUGAAAGGUAAUUUAGUAAGGCACAUGAGAGUACAUACAAAGGAUAAGUCAUGA